AUGAUUAUCAAUCCGCUUAAUGUUGUUAGACUUUUAUUAGCAUCCAUAAGUUCAAUAUAUCUAAUAGAAACACCAGUAACUGAAGCAGAAAUAGAAUUAAAAGAAAAUAUACAAAAAUUAUUGCUGGAUAGCAUUUUUCACUAUAAUGGGUUGGAAGUAACAGAAGAAACUUAUCUCGAUUAUCAAGAACCGUAUAAACUACAUAAUUCUGAAAUAAUUGAAGAUGAUGAAGAAGCAUGGAGUGAAGAUAAUUUAAAUUCUCAUCCUCAAUGUUCAAAUGAUGACGCAGACUUCGAUAGUUCAUAUAAAAGACGAGCUGUUGAGUAUUGGCGGAAUUGGGACAUUAAUGAAAAAAAUAAAAACAAAAAGAAUCGUCCACUAAAAUCAGUGCAACAUCAAUUUAAAAGAGUUUCAUCUGAACGCCAAUUAAGACGUUGGGAAGAACAAUUACAUUCAGGUGGAAAUCGUAUAGAAAAAUUAUCUUACAUCUCCAAAUUUACACAUAAUAAAUUUACAGCAGCUGUUGAAUCAGGAUUCAUAGUUCAUGAUAUCGAUCUACAAAGGUGGGCUUUACAAGCUCAAGAAGAAAUAGGAAAUUUAAAUCCUAUAUUUAAAGCAUCUCACAGUUGGGUUAUUGUGGUGUCAGGCAGUGGUGUCGGUACUCGGGGAGGUGCGGUUUCGGCUGGUUGCGGCGUUAUUAUUACUGUGGGACGGUCGCAGCCUUGUUCUAGCGGCGUUCGAUUGUCCAACGCCGGACGAUUUCGCAAACUCCGCCGGGCAUAG